GUGCUGCUGACGCGGGCGGCGUACAUGGCGCUGAGCACGGCUGAGCGUGAGCAGCUGGACGUGACUGCGCUGGGUGCCGUGGCGCUGCGUGGCGUGCCGAAGCCUGUGGAGAUGUACCAGCUGGACGUAGUGCCCGGCCGCACCUUCGCUGCCCUCCGGCUUGAUAGGGAGUUUGUAGGCCUGGACGAGAAUGAGAGUGAAAAUCUCUCGGGCUCAUCAGCUUUAGAGAGUGAAAUACUGAGUUGUAAACAGAAUCCUCUUGUACCUCUGCUAACGGAUUUGUUUGCACCUUUACCAUUGCAGCAACGCCUUAAAUUGCUUCAAAUGAUUGGUGAGCGUUGGAAUAUUGUUGCUCCUUCGAUGAAGUCCAAUUCCCCUAUUGAUGUAUGUCUGUAUAUAAUAUGUCGUCUCUCGGAGAAGCUUGGUCGUGCAUGUAGGUGGAAGGCAGAGCUGCUGCGGAGUGGAGUGGAUCUUGAUGUUGUUUCUCUUUUAGGUGGCAUUGCUAACGAUAUGGGUAACUUACAGGGUGAUAAUUCUUCGGCAUUUGCUUCUUCUGUUACUUCUUCUUUUCAAGGUCCUUUUUGUGAGAGGUCUUUGGCUGAUAGAAGUGUC